UUGUGUUGAAGCCUCCACUCUGUGUUGGGCCCUGACAUCAUGAAGCUGGGCUUCUGCGUGCUGCGGGUCACGCCGGACAAGUUGACGCCAUUGCUGGACUUCUACACCCGCUUGGGCUUCGCUUUGGGAGAAGGAGGCGGGCUCGUAUUGCCGUGGGCGUCGGCGAGCUGCGGUUUGCGGUUCUUGCCGGAUGCCAAGGUGCGCUACCAGAGCUCCAGGACAGACCUCUACUGGAAGAUCGGUUUGGCGGUGCAUGACGUGCAGGAGGCGUCGCGGCAACUGCCGGGCUGUCAGCCCGGGGAGCAGUUCCUGGACAUCGGGUUUCUGACCCACUACCGGGAUCCAGCAGGUUUCUGCUUCGAGCUGCUGCAGACCACCUUCGAAGGCUCCGAGGCCGAGAGGAAGGAGCUGAAGAGUCGCCCGAGAACCGGCGCCGGGCCUAUGGGCGACUUCGUGAUGGGCCAGAUCACCACGCGCAUCACGGAGCCCGAGCGCUCGCUCCGCUUCUACCGGGAGCUGGGCAUGAAGCUGCUCUCGAUCCAGCCAGUUACGAAGUAUGGCUUUACCCUCUACUUCUUUGCCUUCACCGAAGAGAAUCCGCCCAAGGAGGAUCUGGAGGCGGUGGAGAACCGGGAGUGGCUGUAUCAGCGGCCCUACACCACUCUGGAGCUCCAGCAUUACCACGGCUCGGAGGGAUCGAAGUUGCGACUUCCACCGCCGGAGGAGGAGGGCCUGGCAGCGGUGGUGCUGCAGGUGCCGCCGGACGCGCUGCGCAGACUCUCAGCCUGGCCCGGUUACGUGGAGCUGCUGCCAGGGGUGGGCCAGCUUAUGGACCCCGACGGCCUGCCCAUCCAGCUGGAGACCUGAGUCGAUAGCCUGCCUGUAUCA